CAGACAUUCGAAAUCCGCCCAUUCUUCCUGCACCGCUUACGACGGACCAUGGCGACAGCACCAGGGCAGUAUCUCGACGCCAGCUACAGGGUGUGGUUGGCGACCGGUACGGCGCGUGCUGCUCGCCUCCCUUCACUGCUUCACACCCCACCUCCGAACGCGCGCAAGAGAAUCUAGGAGCUCGCGCUCACCGACCCGAGCGACAUCGACAUCGCCACCGAACGUCGACCUGCCAUCACUCAGACCUGCCGUCGGAUUCGUGUUGAGACUUUGCACCUUUACUUCUAUCUUAAUCGCUUCGCCUUCACAACGACAAGCGCAGGUCGUGACGAUCUCGAGGGAGUCUCAUGCUGGUUGGAACAAAUAUCAUGGCCCAUAGGCGCCGCAUUGCGCAACAUGGUCAUCAAAAUCGGCGUUACUAACGGGACGAUGAUACUCGACCCCCAUACCCAGGUGAAUCCCUGCGCCAGGCUCACCAUGGCCAUUAAUGAUGCGGGCUAUUCGCCAAAAGCUCAAAGUCUCCGUCGAAGCGUUCCCUCAGGAGAGAAUGUUCUCAAGCCGGACGCUAGCUUCGUUGGGCGCCGAUGCUAUAGGUCGUCUUUCCACCUUCACUACAUGAUCUCCAGCGUCAUAAAGUUGUGGACUGCCCUCUUGCCCGGGAAAGGGAGAGUUGCACUCUGCUCAGGAAGCCCAACUCGUUUGCUGGCUGGUGUUCUUCGUCCAAGGGAAGUUUGUCCGAGGAAAGUGGACAGCAGACCAGGAAGGAAUUUGGAGCGAUAUCCAACAGAAAGUGGCCUGGGAUUGGCGCUUCCCUUGCUUGAAGCUCUGGCGAAGGCACGCGGGCUCCGCAUAUCGUUAGAGAGGAAGUUAUUCUAGGCAUUAUGGUUUGCGAUGUGCCAAAGGUACGGAAUGGAGUGCGGAAUCAGGCGGUUGCGUGCAAGUGAUAA